AUGGUCAACGACAUUGGUAUCACAGACUCGCGCCGUCAGCUGCUGAUCAACGGUAUCAACACCAUCGUCAGCUUCAUCGCCGGUCUGUUUGGCUCCUUCUUCGUCGACAAGUUCGGCCGUCGUCCCUUGUUCCUGUGGGGCACAUUCCUCACCGGCCUCGUCUACAUCCCCAUCAAUGUGCUGGCGGCCCGUGCGGAGGGCUACGACGAGGGCACCAUCCCUCGGUCACAGGCAUAUGCCUUCAUCGCCAUGGUGUUCAGCUACGGCAUCUUCUGGGGCUUCUGCUGGACGCCUCUGCAAGCCCUUUACCCGGCGGAGAUAUUGAACAACGAGAUCCGCGCCAAGGGGAUGGGUAUCAAGGGUCUCCUUACGGGCUUGUCGAGUUUCAUCAACACGUACGGCACCUCGGUGUCGCUCAAGAACAUUGGCUGGAAGACCUACACCAUCUUCCUCAUCCUCCACUUUGUGCACAACGCGGUCAUGUGGUGGUCGUGCGUGGAGACCAAGGGGCGCACGUUGGAAGAGAUUGACGAGAUCUUCAACGACCCCCAGCCGGUCAAGAGGAGUCUGCAGAAGACGACGAUCAUCUCUGAAUCUGGUGCAGGUAUCCAGAUCAAGGAGGAGAGGGCGUGA